GAUGGGGAGUGUGUCCCACUCCACAGCACCAAGACCAGGCAGGAUGGGCACCGAGGGCUAGGGACCCCACGGGGGUUAGGGGGAGGACUCAGUGCUGGGGAUACCUGAAGCUGGGGAGAGGACGAUUGUUCUUAGCUCUCUUCAGUUCGCAGCAAAGCUGUGCCAGGACUGGGACGCCUGGGUGUGCUGUGCUGGCACCAAGCUAGCCACGGCAGGCAGCGAGCUCCCGAGCCCCACGCACACCUCGGGGCUUUGCGUCCCCACGGCUGACUGCAGCAGAGAUUAGGGGCACUGGGAGACGCUGCUGGUCACGCAGGGCCGGAGGUAAACGGAUCAAGCAGCAAUUGGCAGGCUCAGCAAGGGGAGGCUUAGCCCAGCCCGGCACAGAUUUGCUGCCUUCUGCCCCACAUCCUGCAGGCUGGGAACGAGCGGCAGCGCAACAGGCACCUCGCCCCUGGGGACUCCUCUUUGCACCACGCUGAGGGCACCCGCAGCCCCGCUGCCACCCGUGCCAGUCCCUGUACCUGCGAGGACCAGGUACCUGGGUGAGCAGCCAGGACCCUGCAGUGCCGGGGUAGCCCUGUGGGACGUGGGAGAAGGAAGGAAGACAAGAACCUGCUCGAAAGGUCUCCGGACGGAGCCCUGUCCUCACUGGGCGCAGGGAUGCUGGGCUGGAUUGAGCGGGUGGUUCCCCAGCCCCCCGCGCCAUGCCUGAUGGAGGAGAGCCCCCCGGCCCCGGUCAUGGAGCCAGCCAAGGUGCCAGCAGGGAAGGCCAGCAGCCCCAGGGAUGCUGCAGACAGCACACGCACGCAGGAAACUGAAAAGAAGGUGGAAUUUGCAGUGCCUGAGGAGAUGGUCCCCGCAUCAACAUCGGUGUUUGAGAGCGUGGGGGGCAGUGUGCUCUCCUGGCUCUCCCAGGGGCUGGAGAAGGUGAUCCCGCAGCCAGUCCAUGCCCCAGGUACGCUGCAGGCACUCGGGAGGAGCUUCGAGACAAGCAUCGAUGUUCCUGACCAGACGGAGGUCCAGGUCCUCAAGGAUGAAGAAGAGGAUGUUCUGGAGAUAACCCCCUUCGACCCGGAGGAGGACGAGCCAGAUGGCUGCGAGAUGGAGGCCGGUUUGGACACGGGUGCAGAGGACUGGGCAGGAGCACGUGUGCUGAGCUGGCUGGUGCAGGGCUUCGAGAGAAUGGUGCCGCAGCCGGAGAUGCUGAAAAAGCCUGAGCCAGAGCCGAAGGAGGAGAGGCACAAAGCUGCGGCAGCAGGCACAAAAGGAACUAAAACCCAGACGAAGUUGAAAGAAAGCGUUUCAGCUGCCCCGAGCAUCCUGGGAACAGUGGAGCCAGCAGCUGCUGACGGGCAGUCAGAGCCUGUGACCACCAUCCUCCCUCGUUCCCUGGUUGGGGACAGCAGCAGCAUGUUUGGAUGGUUUGUCCAGGGGCUGGAGAAGGUGAUGCCACAGCCUGUGACCAGGGAGAAGCAGGACACACAGGGAGCAGCAGCGGCAGCCUUCAGCCCCGUGGAAGAAAUUCAUAUCGUCCCUGUGGAGCUUGUGGAGACAGACCUAGUUGUGGAAGACAUCAAUGACGACUGGAGCGAUGAAGUAGCUCACGAGCCAACGGCCUGGGUUGGCAUGGCUGAACUGGUGGCACAGGGUCGUCCUCUUCCCCCCAUACAGGAGGAACUUCAGGAAGAAGAGACCAGGCUGUGCUCCUGCUCCCUGAGUGCUGCUGAGGAGGAGCAGGAGGAGGAGGGUGAAGAGGAGGAGGAGGAAGUGGAGGAGAAGAAGGAAGAGGAGGAGGAGGUGGAGGAGAGCGUGGGAGCCCCGCUCCAGUCUCCUUGCCUCCCCACCGAUGAGGGGCUGGAGGACGCCUUCUUUGCAGAAGAGGCCCUCAGUUUUGCGCAGCUAGAAGAAGCUGAGAUAAGUGAUCUAGAAGGUGCUUUUGUACAGGUGGAAGAGAAGACGGCUGAAGUUACUGAAACUGAUGCUGAAGCCCUGGCAGAGUACUGCAGUCCAGCAACAGUGCUGUGCCCACAGAUGCAUGUGGCAGGAUGCUCACUGCCAUUGCUCCACACUACCAACAUCCCCAUGAGGCUGGCAGCAACUAAAAACAACACGCCUAGCAGCAUGUCCAAGCACGCCCGAGACCUUGAGCUAGACCGGCUGGUGCAUGACAAGCUGCUCGACUGCGGGGACACCUCCCCUCCUGUGCUAGAGCAGCUCCCCAAUGUCCCCAGCUACCGAGCUGCUGCUGCUGCCUCCCACAUCCCCGUCCUCGCUGCCAGCAAGCGAAAGGCUGGAGUUGUCAACCCCGUUUUUUGCAAUGAGGAGCAAUCCCCUGUUCACCCCCUAGGGCUGAGUCACUGCCUCACUGUGGGUGUCGAGGACGUGGAUGGCGGAGGUGAUGCUGCAGAGGAUGAUGGCACCUGCUUGCCGCUGCCCACCCCUGGUGACCCCCACAUGCUGGUGGUGCCUGGUGCUGCACCAGCAUCCCCCAGGAAGAAGCUGCCAGCCCCCGCAGACAACCUGGAUGAGGCACCGGCAAGCUGGGAUGAGUUGCAGAGGGACAGCUUGCCCGAGCGCAUCGGUUCAGCCACCAGCCAGAGCAGUACCAUCAUCAAUGACCGGCUCCAGGAGCUUGUGAAGCUCUUCAAAGAGCGGACAGAGAAGGUGAAAGAGAAGCUGACCGACCCUGAUGUCACCUCCGAUGAUGAGAGCCCUUCAGCAUCCCCCUCCAAGCCAGCGCCCACAGCACCACCACCGCCCCCACCGGGAGAAGUGCCACCAGGGGACAAGGCAGCAGGCGAUGAACACUACUGUGAGAUGCUGUGCUGUGCCUUCAAGUGCCAGCCCUGGCUGGACCGCCUGAAGAGCUACCAGUUCCCCAGCAGCAUCGACCCGCUCACCAACCUGAUGUAUGUGCUGUGGCUGUUCUUCGUUGUUCUGGCCUGGAACUGGAACUGCUGGCUGAUCCCCGUCCGCUGGGCCUUCCCCUACCAGACGCCAUCCAACAUCCACUUCUGGCUGCUCGUGGACUACGUCUGUGACCUCAUCUACCUGCUGGACAUCAUUGUUUUUCAGACCCGCCUGCAGUUUGUUCGGGGGGGAGACAUAAUAAGUGAUAAAAAGGCCAUGAAAGAGAACUACCUGCAUUCACAGCGCUUUAAGAUGGAUGUGGUAUGCCUCCUUCCCCUGGAUUUCUUCUACUUCAAAGUCGGUGUCAACCCACUGCUGCGUUUUCCCCGCUGCCUGAAGUACAUGGCCUUCUUCGAGUUCAACAACCGCCUUGAGGCCAUCCUGAGCAAGGCAUACAUCUACAGAGUGAUUCGGACUACUGCCUAUUUACUGUACAGCCUGCAUGUGAACUCCUGCCUCUAUUACUGGGCAUCAGCCUACGAAGGACUGGGCUCUACCACCUGGGUCUAUGAUGGGGAAGGAAACAGUUACAUCCGCUGCUACUACUGGGCAGUCAAAACCCUCAUCACCAUUGGGGGCCUGCCAGACCCCAAGACGCUCUUCGAGAUUGUCUUCCAGCUGCUGAACUACUUCACGGGUGUCUUUGCUUUCUCCGUCAUGAUCGGGCAGAUGAGAGAUGUGGUUGGUGCUGCUACUGCUGGGCAAACUUACUAUCGGAGCUGCAUGGACAGUACUAUUAAAUACAUGAACUUCUACAAAAUCCCCAAAACUGUGCAGAACCGUGUCAAAACGUGGUAUGAGUACACGUGGCAUUCACAAGGCAUGCUAGAUGAGUCUGAGCUGCUGGUGCAGCUGCCGGACAAGAUGCGGCUGGACAUCGCCAUUGAUGUGAACUACAACAUCGUCAGCAAAGUGGCCCUCUUCCAGGGCUGUGACAGGCAGAUGAUCUUCGAUAUGCUGAAGCGGCUCAGGUCGGUUGUCUACCUGCCAAAUGACUACGUCUGUAAGAAGGGAGAGAUCGGCCGCGAGAUGUAUAUUAUCCAGGCUGGACAAGUGCAGGUGCUGGGGGGGCCCGAUGGCAAAACCGUGCUGGUGACACUGAAAGCUGGAUCUGUGUUCGGAGAAAUAAGCUUGCUGGCAGCAGGAGGAGGAAAUCGGCGAACAGCAAACGUUGUCGCUCAUGGAUUUGCUAAUCUUUUCAUUUUGGAUAAGAAGGACUUGAAUGAGAUUUUGGUGCACUACCCAGAGUCUCAGAAGUUGCUGCGUAAGAAGGCCAAGAAAAUGCUGAAAAACAACAAUAAACCCAAAGAUGUGAAAGGACAGCCUGGAUCUCCGCUGAUCAUUCCCCCAAAGGCUGACACGCCAAAGCUCUUCCAGGCGGCCCUGGCUGCCAUGGGGAAGGCAGGAGGCAAAGGGCGUCUUGCGCACCUCCGGUGGAAGCUCCAGGAGCUGAAGGCAAUGCAGACAGCACAGGAUCCCAGUUUCAGUCCAAUCCCACCGAAGUCACCAGUGCACCGCAGAUCUCCUACUGCUUCCCCCAAAGCAAGCACCCCUCCGGGAGAAGAAAUAUUCUCAAAGUCUUCUGAUAAUUUAGUCGCUAUCCGUGUGAUUUCAGCAGCGCAGGAGGAUGAAGAAAUACUUGCUGCUGAGAUAUCACAGAAAGAAGAAGAGGAAGAAGGGAAAUGAAAAAUAAGCAGAUCUGGGGGCUGGUGGCACAAGUAGGAAUUGGGCAAAUGCCUCAGGUAGAAGCUUUUAGUUGUUAAAGAUUCCUGCACAGCGGUUGUAGGCUUUGCUAGCUAAGUGCUGCAGAUGGGCUCUGCCUUUCUUCUCUGCUUAGUCCUUCACCCACUGUUGUCAAAACCCUUUGACAAACGACCCAGAACUAUACAAGAUUCCUGUGCUCAUUCUUACUGAGCAUCUGUAUGAACAGUCCCUAUAUAUAUCAGGCCAGCCCUCUAGCCUUGAGAUCUUACAGAGAGGGAGUGCAGAAGAAAAAUCGCUCUUUACAGCUCUGAAUGGUUAAUGAGUGUCUGUUCAGAUAAAGCAUGAGGUUGUUCACCUCCAAAAACUGAGUCACUGCAUGGCCAGAAACAAACACCAGAGG